GGGGCGGGGCGGGGGCGGUGGCGGCGGGGCCGCCGUCGCGCGCAGGCGCGCGCGGGCGCUCGGUUAGGUGCGCGCGGUGCCGCGGGUGCCUUCGCGCCCCUCCGGUGCCGCCGCGCGCGCGAUGAACUGGCUGUUCCCGCUCGCCAAGGGCGGCGCCGCCCCCGCCUCCGCCGCGCCGCCCGCGCGCACCGGCCUCCAGCAGCAGCGGCAGCGCCAGGUCGAGUCCCUGCGCGCCGCGCACGCCUCCAUUGCAGAAAUACAGAAAGAUGUGGAAUAUCGACUGCCAUUCACUGUAAACAACUUGACAAUUAACAUUAACAUUUUGCUUCCACCUCAAUUUCCUCAGGAAAAGCCAGUCAUCAGUGUUUUCCCACCUGUGAGACAUCAUUUAAUGGACAAACAGGGAGUAUAUGUGACCGGUCCAUUAAUAAAUAAUUUUACAAUGCAUUCAGAUCUUGGAAAAAUUAUUCAGAGUUUACUGGAUGAGUUUUGGAAGAAUCCUCCAGUUCUAGCUCCUAGCUCAACAUCCUUUCCAUACCUUUUCAACAAACCAGCUGGAAUGCCUCCUUUUGCUCCUCAGGGGUUUCCAUUUCUCCCUCCAUAUCCACCUCAAGAAACAAACAGAACAAUGGCACCCAUGCCCAUUUCUGAACCAGUUUCUUCAAGCUACACUACAGAGAAGCCUGCUGCUCCCUCCUAUGGCUUGAUUGCUGAUCUGCCGCUGCCUGUUCCAACAGCAGAAGUGGUGCUGCAGGUUGGCCAGAAUGGAUUUACAUACAAGAUGCCUGAUAUUCCUGAUACCUUUCCAGAACUCUCAGAACUAAGUAUAUCACAGCUGACCAGUAUGAAUGAGCAAGAGGAGGUGUUACUGGAACAGUUUGUGACUCUUCCACAGCUGAAGCAGGUCAUUACCGAUAGAGAUGAGUUAGUGAAAAGCAUUGAAGAGCUGGCAAAAAAAAACCUGUUGCUGGAGCCUAGUCUUGAAGCAAAAAGACAGAUAGUGUUGGAUAAAUAUGAGCAACUCACGCAAUUGAAAGCAGCCUUUGAAAAAAAGAUGCAAAGACAGCAUGAACUUAGUGAGAGUUGCAGUCCAAGUGCUCUGCAGGCCAGACUUAAAGUAGCUGCUCAUGAAGCUGAAGAGGAGUCUGAUACUAUUGCAGAAGACUUCUUGGAAGGCAAAACAGAGAUAGAUGACUUUCUUAGUAGUUUCAUGGAAAAGAGAACGCUCUGCCACUGCAGACGAGCCAAAGAGGAAAAACUUCAACAGGCAAUAGCAAUGCACAGCCAAUUUCAUGCUCCGCUAUAGACUUCCUGCAAACUACACCUGCCAAGAGAACGAAUGAAAACCCCAAUAAAGCACACUUUUUAAUAACUAUUAUUUGCAAAUAAGCAUUUCAUCUUAUCUGGUUGUAUUUAUGGAAGAAAAUUGUAUACAGACUUGGGAUGGUUUUUGUACAAAUUAGAAUGUCUCUUUAUAUUCCCAUUGUACUUAAGAAUCCUUCUAGUGCAAUCUUUGCAUUAAUUUCUUGUAUUUAUUGUUGAUAGUUAUAAUAUUUAAGUUCCCUACUGCUAUACUCCAUUGUUCAGAGAUUAAAUAUCUAAACAUGUAAUUUUGACUAGCUUUUUACAUUUUUAUAAAAACAUAAUUCAUAUCUUUUGUAUUUUGAAUUUUAACCAUAGAUUUGGCUUAAUCUAUGGAAGACUUUAAGUGUUGAUAGGACUUUGGAAACGAAAAAAAUUCUUAAUGGAGAUUGCCAGUGGAUUCACAAGCUGUCUUUUCUUGAAACCAAAAUAUUAAAGAACAAGUUUUUUUACUUCUAAGUAAUAGUAGAAAACUAAACAUAGCUUGUAUUGUGUUUUGGAUAAGUAGAUUGGGGAUUAAGGAAAGGAUGUGUUGAAAAAAAUUAUAUUGGAAUCAAAAUAGAAUAAAUGAUAUCUGCAUAGAUUUGGUAUGCUGCUUAGUAGCACUGAUGCACUGAUUUCUAAAGUGGUUUGGUACCCACCACUAAUUAAACACAAUUUUCAUCUGACAAGAUCAUUUUCUUUCUUUUUUUUUUUUUUUUUGUUCAUAAAGGAAUAAUACGCAGGUCACCUUCCUGUUUCUGUUUUAUGCAAUAUAAAUAAGUUCAUCGUGUGAGGAACUCAGCAACACUUUACAAAAACUAGUUCUGAAGUUCUUUGGAACAUAGUUGUUUUUUCCUAAUGUUAAGAAACAAAGAAAUUAAUUCAGUUGAGUUGCAUAAUGUCAUAUGGUAAGGCAAGCGAUCGAAUUUGGAAGUGAAACUAAAUUCUGUGCUUUAAUCAAUGGAUCUUGCCUCUGAUAAGCUGACAGUCUUGGGAUGGGGUGUAUCUGCUGAGAAUGGAUAGAACUAAAUGCAGUGUUCUGUAGGAGAAAAAUACAGGUCCUAAAUAAGGCAUGUAUUUUCUCUCUUGCUAUUGUGAGAAGGCACAUUAUUUUUCUAAACCUUCUCAAUGAAUUAGGUUUUCAUGGAGACAGUCAAGGAGGAAGGAGGAGGAGUAGAAGGAAUGGUACAAUUUUGAGAGUUGUAAGUAGGAUAAAGUGCUGAUUAAGUAAUGUAUCAGAAAUCCUGCUUCUUUCUUGUCAGGAAGCAGUCUGGAGAUAAACCUCUUAGCCAAGUCUCUACCUGUUUGUUACCUAGAUAGGAUCACAGAACAUGGUAGGUUCAAAUCUCAGACUACAAUCCAAGCAUGUGCUUUUCUAGAUCACUGAUCUUCAGUCCUAAAUUUCAUAUUCUUCUGGCAAAAUGUGAUAUUUCUUCUGAAUGGAGAAAAGUGAGUAAGCAAAAUCGUGUAAGUGCAAAAAGUCUGUUCCACAGGCUAGUGGGUCUUCAGUCUCAGCCCUGCAUUCGUUACACUUGUCUGAUUGUCCUAAGCUGUUGCUUCUCAGGGUGAGUAAACUAUUCAUUGAUAUUUUAUAGGACUUAAUUUAAAGCUGAUCCAAAUUCUGAGAUUAGAUGUCCUAAGAAAGUAGGUCUGUGGUCCAAAUCAAAGAUACUUUGGUGUCUGAAAAAAAAUCAGCACUUUAUAAGUGAAAUGCUUAAGCAAUAAUUUUAGAGGUUCUUAUUCCAAAAAAUGUGCUGUCUGUAUAUUGACACAGCACUCCUGCUAAUGUGCUGACUAAAGCCUUACAUUAUGUAAACAUCUAAGUGGUUCUGAACUUGUGUCUAUGAGUAGUGUGAUUUCUGCAGCUCUGGAGAAGAAUUAAGUGUACGUUAUCACUGUCACCUUCUUGGCAAAAUCCCAUCUCAUUUUAUGCUGAGUUCUUUCUGAUCUCUUUCUGAGGAUCUAGUUAACUCUCAAGACUACAGACAAUUCUGUGCAGAGCUGAUUUUUUUGUUGUUUCUUGUGAACAGAAAAAGGCAUGGAUGACCAGACAUCUGCUGUUCUUGCUGUAUUGGGCUAGUAUUAACAGGAUGGGACGACAGGCUUCUGUUCUCAUCUGCCAGGUGUUACUGUGCUCUGCUGUCACUGAACACUUAAGCCAGGUCAUGUUCAGGGGAUUUGAUAGUACAAGUUCUGAACUCUUCAGCUUUUCUUCUUAUACUACUUUAGUGAGCAAAUUUUCAGAUUGGGAACUUCUCUAUGGAGUCUUUCUAGUGGUAGUGGAGAAGAACCUACAAGAAAAUGUCACUGUUCAAUGCAAGUUCACUGUUUGUUAUUCAGGGAUUUCAAAGUUAAGUUCUUUUUUCUCACUUUCUAUUCUCUGAUGUUAUUGUUACCAUUCUUUGGAUUAUUUUUUCCCUUAUUUUGGCCCGUUCUGCAGUCACAAACCCAUCCUCUAGAAAAAAGGCACAGAAGUCUCCGUGUUCAGCGAUGAUGUAUACUGGAUUAGCUGCCGGAAUGCUGUCAACAUCCAAGAAUGUCCAGCCUGUUUAUGGUCUUUAAGGGCCUACCUGAUGCUGGUUGGGGUGGUUUUUGAGGAUUUUUUUGUUGUUUUGGUUUUCUUUUGUUUUAGUCCUACAUUGGUUGUGCCUUCCCUGGUCUGCUUUCACCAGAAGACUAGGUAGAACACUGAUAGCACUCUAUCAGAGUUAAAGAUUUUGGCUUUUAGCAUGCUGGUAGCCCACUGUGAAACACAUUCUUAACCUCAAUUUUUACCAGAUAUGGAGUGUAGGUGUAAAUCCAGUUUCCCGUAACGUGUAAGAGAAUGGCAACUGCUGUUAGAUGCACAUUCUGAUGGGUUUUGAAAUAUGUCGAGAGAACUUUUAAGCAAUAUGUAAUAAAAGGCUGUGUACAAUGA